AUGCAGAUGAUCUCCGCCAGCAGGCCUCCAUUGGCUUCGAUGCCAUCGUCCGGCGUCAGAAGAGGUGUGGCCUACCUGAGAGGUACCAGCAGUUCCCGUACCUUCCCACAGUUGAGAGCAUUGGCCGCUUGCGUGUCGUUGCUACCUGCAGUUUCAUCCCGACGGCGGCUGGUGAUGACCACUGCGCUUGGAGUGCCUGAAGGAGCUUGGAGAGAUGACGGCUCCAAUUCCAUCGAAGACUUGGGUAGCUCCUUCCGCGUUCGGCCAGUUCGACAUGUCUCAGCCUCUGUCCGUCCUCCGCGUGGACCGGUGAACGCGUUGUUCGCUGUUCCACUGGAGUCGGCGUCCUAUUUCGAGGUCACCUGCAAGGAGUUUUCUGGAGCACCCUUCGUGGGCAUUGCCACCGAAGCGGGUUUGGCGCCAGGAUACAAGUGCAAAGGCCUAUUCUAUGGUGGUCCUGGCAACUUAUCGGAUGGCAGUGCAGCUUUGAGAACGAACUUUGGCGAUGAAGUCCACCAAGGUGAUGUGAUUGGUGUAUUGAUCCAGCGAGACGGAGCGCGGUUGAGGAUGAUCCUCUAUCACAAUGCGAGGUGUCUAGGUACUGCCUUUGAAACCUCGACAGAGUCCACGAUAUACCCUGUAGUGCAAGCGAAAGAUGAGGGAGAUCUUUUCAGUAUUGACUUCAAGGAAGCACCAACGAGCCAGACUCGGCAAAUUGCCGACGGUAAGAGCGGCCAAUGGAAGCUGGAGCAGGUCUUGUACCCUGAACUUCUGGAAGUUCCCUUGAAGAUACGAUGUUUAUUGACGGUCCGAGAAGAGAAGGAGAUCGGCUUGGUGCUGAAAGUGGUCAACCUCCUUCGCUUUCAGGGCAGCGAGGAGCUUGAACAUCGACUGGCUGCUGCAUUGAAGAGUAUUCGCCAAUGGACGGUCACAGACAACUCACUGUUGCUAACUGGCCCUGGUGUCCAGAUCUUGUGUGCCAGAGCGGAUCCUGAAAUGGUGACAACAGCAACAUUAUGA